GAUCAUAUUUUUGUUUCUUUAGCACAUUUUUAAAGAUUUUAUUGUUUUUUCUGAACUUUUUUUGCAUUUUCUUGAAGUUUGUGAGUUGUGUUUUAAGAGGGUCCUCUUAGCUUUUAAAUCAAGAACCUUUCUUUUGUUUUUUUUAAUUGCCAAUCAUUAUCCUUUUUUUUCUUUCUGUUUUUGUUUUCUUGGUCUCUUUACUUUUCUUUAAUCUUUCUUUAAUUAUUCAUUUAGAAUAUUAAUAUUUAAAGAAUCAAGAAGGUGAAAUUUGAAGUUCAGAUCUGAGGCAGCUAAGUUUGUUUUCAAGAAAGAAAUAAUGUGUUUGUUAUAUAGUAUAAUAAUACCAAUUCUUUAGUUUUUUUCUUUAAUUAGCUACUCAUUUUCUACUUCUUUAAAAGGUUUUGAACUUUUUUUUUUCUUGAAAACAUUAUUAGUCUUUGCUUUUGUGUAAGUUUUUUUUGAGUUCUUGGCUCUUGUUCUUGAAGGGUUUUGUUUUUUCAAGGAAAAGGUUUAAUCUUUUCUAUCUUUGAGGGAGGCAAAGGAAAAGAAAAAAGGAGUAAUCUUUGAAAUUUUCUUGAGAAAAUGUUGGCUAUUGGGAGCCCAACAAUUAGUGUGCGCACAAGCAUUACUUGCAAUGCUUUACUCAGAGAGCUUGAGCAAAUUUGGAAUGAUAUCGGCGAAACUGAAGCCGAAAAGGAUAGAAUGUUAUCGGAGUUGGAGAGGGAAUGCUUUGAAGUGUAUCGGAGAAAGGUUGAGGAAGCUGGCAAUGCCAAAGCACGCCUUCAUCAGUCUGUUGCAGCAAAGGAAGCUGAACUUGCAACCCUAAUGGCUGCCCUUGGCGAACUUAAUAUUCAUUCACCGAUUCAAACAGGGAAAAAGGCAUCAUCAUUGAAACAGAAACUUGCAUCCAUUACACCAUUGGUGGAAGAUAUGAAGACGAAGAAAGAGGAAAGGAUGAAGCAAUUUGAUGAUAUUAAGGCACAGAUUGAAAAAAUCAGUGGGGAAAUUUCUGGAUACAGCAACUUUAGCAGUUCUAUGAUGAGUUCCAUAACUCUGGAUGAGGAAGAUUUAUCACUAAGAAAGCUUAACGACUAUCAAACGCAUCUUCGCACCCUUCAAAAAGAGAAGUCUGAUCGGCUACAUAAAGUGUUAGAAUAUGUGAACGAAGUUCAUUCUCUUUGUGGUGUGCUUGGGUUGGAUUUUGGCCAGACUGUUAGUGAUGUGCAUCCAAGCUUAAACGGUGUAAACCAAGAACAAUCCACAAACAUUAGCGAUAACACUCUGGAAGGUUUAGAACAGGCCAUUGUCAAACUGAAAUUAGAAAGAAAAGCUCGCAUCCAAAAGUUGAAAGAAAUCGUAGCAUCAUUGUUUGAGCUCUGGAAUUUGAUGGACUCGCCAAAAGAAGAGAGAAGUAGCUUCUUAAAAUUAGCAUCUAUUAUUGGAUCAGCGGAAUCUGAAAUCAUUAAGCCAGGUGUUCUCUCAACGGAGAUAAUCGAACAGGCAUCAGCAGAAGUGGAGAGGCUCACGAAACUAAAAGCAAGCAGAAUGAAAGAACUAGUAAUGAAAAGAAGAUUAGAAUUAGAGGAUAUAAGCAGAGUGACCCAUAUUGAACCCGAUACAAGUACUGCUGCUGAGAAAUCUAAUGCAUUGAUAGAUUCCGGUUUAGUGGACCCUUCUGAACUUUUGGCAAACAUUGAAGCCAAGAUAGUAAAGGCUAAAGAGGAAGCUAUAAGCCGAAAAGAAGUCAUGAAUAGGAUUGACAAGUGGCUGUCAGCUUGUGAGGAAGAAAAUUGGCUUGAAGAGUACAAUCUAGACAGUACCAGAUACAGUGCAGGGAGGGGCGGACACAUUAACCUUAAACGUGCAGAGCAAGCUCGAAUUACGGUUAGCAAAAUUCCAGCAAUGGUUGACAGUCUGAUAAACAAAACACUUGCAUGGGAAGAAGAAAAAGAGAUGUUAUUUCUCUACGAUGGGGUAAGAUUGGUGUCAAUUUUGAAUGAUUACAAACUUGCCAGACAACAGAGAGAAGAGGAGAAAAGGCGACACAGGGACCAGAAGAAACUCCAAGAUUUGCUGCUUACAGAGAAAGAAUUAAUGUAUGGCUCUAAACCGAGUCCGAGAAAAACUAACAGCUUUAGAAAACCAAACGGGUAUCGUGUAAAUGGAAAUGGUUCGAUGACUCCAACACCCCGUCGGAACUCAGCUGGUGCUGCAACUCCGGAGCUCCUCACUCCCCGAUCUUACUCUGGACGUCAAAAUGGAUAUUUCAAGGAAAUGAGGAGAUUGUCUACAGCACCACUCAACUUUGUGGCCAUAUCAAAAGAGGAAACAAUGUCAUUUGCUUCUGUUUGUGGUUCUGAGCCUGACUCUCCUCCUCAGGGUUAAGUUUAGUAAAACUGAGAAUGGUGACAUUGUAGAAGUUCUAUGACUGGACAUUGUUAGUCUAAGCAGUGGAAGCUUGUGAAUAUGAAACAGAUGUACACUAGUAAGGUUGUGAAUUGUUAGAACUCGGAGAUUGGCUACUGACACGUGCGUUGUUGAACAUCAGCUUCGGAAAGGGGGUUUGAAACACUCGUUACUCGUUAGAUUAUAGUUUGAAACUACUUGUUAACCUUUUCUACGUCUCGUUUUACAGUAUAGAGGAAAGCAGUAAUGGUAGUCUUAUAGCAGCAGUAGUAGUACACUGACCAUGCUUUUUUGUUGAUUUUGCUUGUGGUUUGCAUAUCUGUGUAUAAAACUGAAAUUGGUGUUAAUCAAGUAGUUAUUAUUGGAAA